AUGUCCGCAGCUCCAUACAUCUUCACCAUCAGGAACGCGUGGAAAGGGCCAGGUUCUCGUCAACACCUCAUCUCACCUGUCACACACCCUCUGGCUUACUCACAUCAUGGUAUCUCGAACGAACCCUGGCGGACAUCCUUGUCACCAACGCUUUUCUCGCAAACGCGGUUUCGACCGUCGGUGUCGGAUGGGCUGAACGGAAACUCUACCAAUGACUGUAAACCACCGGAUGAGCGGAUACUGAAACUGGGAAGAACGCUUCGAACCCUUUCUCCUCUCCUACCCACCCUCCUCAUCAAUCCGUUGCCUCCAAAGAUACUAUCUCCCAGCGUCACUCUUCACCUCUUUCCGUCGACCCACCCACAUCUUCCCACUGUAAGAGGAAGGACCCUCUACCGUGCUGCUCUGUGGACCGUACCGGUGGCCUGGAGCAGCUUACCCUUGGUGGGAAAUGUUAGGCUACAAGUACUAAGUGAGCGCAUUGUUCGCGCAGGAACAGUCUUGGAUCCGGAAAAUUUUAGCGACAAUGAGUGCGGAGAUGAACGACUAGUUGUACGGUGGAAGACGGAACCUCGGGGCGAGGACCACCAUUCUGAGACGUCGGCCGCCACUAGAUCAACGGAAGCUAAAGACCACAUCGCAUCGCAGGGGAACGGCCAUCUUUCGUCGUCCAAGAAUGGAAUCAAUAGAGGGUUGAGUGUGUUGUUGGGUGGCGAUGCCCCAAUCUUUCCGCUAUCCAAGGAGGAACAGUUUACCGGGCUCUUUAUCUUCUCAUUUGACGAGGAGGGACGCAUUUCGUCACAUACGAUUGAACAUGCUGAUGACGCUACUGGCUGGGAAAGAACGGCCAAGUUCGUAACGUUGACCGACUGGUUAAUCGGGAAAGCGAGAGGAUCUCUAGAGCCUGCGACUGGGCCUGGUUUGAUGAUGCAGAGCUGUCAGGGUUAUCGUUGGCAUUCAACGGACAGAUAUUGCAUACAUCGCUGA